AUGGGCACAACAAGAAUAAAUUCAUCAUCAUCAUUCAAGACUAUUGGCUCAGAACUGCAAAAAGGUAUUUGGGAUGACCAGAUUUAUAUUAUGGACCGAGAACACCAGCAGGAACAAGUAGAGGCCGGUUCUUGGUGUGGUAAGCCAGGAUCUGGUAGCUCCUCUGCCAUUCGGUGGUCAAACCCUUUUGCGGUUGACCCCAUCGCUGCAAGUUGGCACAUUGUUUCUGCUAGAAGCUUGGUUGUUUACUGUCGGUGGUCUCGCAUACCUCCUACUGGUGAUCAAGGUCCAUUCCGCCCGGUCAUCAAAGAACAUUUUGCAGUCCCGAGCCCGUCUCUUCAGAUGAUGUUACCUAUUCCAAGACAAGUUCCUUUACUUACAAAACAAAUUCUAUCAAUUAAGCCAUAUUCAGCCUUAUCAACUCCAAUAAUGCGGCAAAUUCCGAAGCCUGAAUCCUGUGCAAGAAUGACAGCAGCAAGAACCAAUAAAGGCGCAUUUCUAUCAAAGUCCAAAAUCUGGGCUGUACCUCCAAGUCUCAAGGCCAAGUCGAUUUCCAAGAAGGGGUCCAAUGCAAAAUUCCAAAAGCAAGUUCCAAAAGAAAAACCAAAAACCAAAUCCGAGGCCUAUACUAAGUCCUCCUCUCCAAAAGGAUCAAAAGAAAUCCGAACUCGAGGCAUAUACUAA